AUGAUUCCGGUGGUUCCAGACGGUUUGGAGGCUUCUAUGAUGGUAAGAUGCUCCUUUUCCUCUUCUUUCUGGUUAUUGGGUGUUGAUUUGUUCUCGUAUUCUGCUCUCUGUUUGGUUGCUCCGUGGCUGUUGGUCUCCUCUCUGUUUUCUGUUCUCUUUCUUGCUGUCCUCUUCCGGAUUUUCUACUCUCUCCUUUAUUUUGCAGGUAACGGUGGCUUUUAUAGCCACCACGGCACUCCUCUCGGACUGGUUAAAGAGUGGAAACUUCGUGGUAGUGUCGACAGCAGGACGUGGGGCGGCUGGAAGCAUCUGGAGGCGGCAGCUGGGAUCUUCUGGAAACUUGAGGCGACGACAUCAAUGGCAAACCAAAUGAAAGAGCUUGAAGAGCAUAUGGCUCUUAUCUCCCAAAUGUACCCUGGGGUAUACACUCAAGUUGCACCACAGCAAGGAAGACCAAAGCCUCGACGGAGGCGGAGGAAGAACAAGACUGCGGAAAGCGGCGCUGCAGCGGCAGCUAAGAAAAGGAAGCUUAUUGACGAACAAGUUCAUCUUCUUGAACUUAAUUUUGGAAAUGAACAUAAGCUCGAGUCGGAACGGAAAGACCGGCUUGCUUCGGAGCUGGGGCUGGACCCUCGGCAGGUGGCGGUUUGGUUCCAAAAUCGAAGGGCCCGGUGGAAGAAUAAGAAACUUGAGGAGGAGUACAGCAAGUUAAAGACAAUCCAUGAAGGGGUUGUGCUUGAAAAAUGUCGACUUGAAUCGGAGGUUUUGAAGCUGAAGGAACAGCUUGGAGAGGCGGAGAAGGAAAUCCAAGGGCUGACGGAACGUAUGGACGGGGUUUCGAGUAACAGUCCGAGUUCAUCAUCAAUGGGCCCACCACCACCUUUCCUUGGGGAAUUUGGAUAUGAUCAAGAUGUUUUCUACAUAGGACAAGGCACUUAUAUCCAUGGCUUCGACUGGAUGAACCUAUAUAUGUAA